CAAAUUUUCUAAAACUUACAUAAGACUCAAUCCAUUUCAAAUUGUAAGAAUUCAAUUUACAACAAACAUGACAAGUCAUGAAAAGUGUUGAAACUUAUGUAAGACUCAAUCUAUAUCAAAUUGGAAUAAUUUAAUCUACAACAAACAUUUCAAAAUUAGUAUCACUAAUAAGAUAAAUGUGUUUAUUUUAGGGAGAUCCGAAAGAUAAGGGAGACAAAGUUGAUUAUACUCAAUUUUUCAUAACAAAUACAAGAUAUAAGUCAUGGAAUGAAGCUAUGGAAGCUGCGAAAGUGAUUGCAAAAGAUCUUGGGUUCUUUUUGACACAUUCAUCAACCAAAUCAAAUGAUGGCGAGAAGUACCCCCCGAAUAUAUCUUCACUGCCAUCGUGGAUAUAAGAACAAUACAUAUGUCCCAGAUCCGGAUAAGAAAGGACGAUCCAACACAAAGUCACUUAAAGGUGGUUGUCGUUUUCGAGUGAGACUGGUGGGACUCCAGGAGGAUAAGACUUGGAUGAUUGAUGGUGUGAAGGACAAUCACAAUCCGGGACAAUUUUGUGGGUUUCACAACCAUGCAUUAGAGCUUUAUCCCGAAGGCCACACUCAGAGGAAUGCUUUUACUAAUGAAGAGCUAAAGGAUAUGAAGGAGAUGGAAUGGGCUCGUGUUCCUCCUCGAAAAAUGAUGCAAAUUAUCAACCAAAAGUAUGGUACUCACCAUAACAAACGAGAAUUUUACAACAUGACAGCAAAUAUAAGGAUUGAGAGAUUGAGUGGCAUGACCUCUUCGGAUUGGACGUUACACCAUGCGAGAGAGAUGAGGUACUACAUUGGCUACAAGCGUGAUGAUGAUCGCCACCUUACUCACCUUUUUCUUGCUCACCGUGAGUCUGUUCGGAUGUUGAGUGCUCGGUACCAUGUAAUCUUGAUUGAUUCCACAUACAAGACGAACAAAUAUAAGAGGCCCCUGGUUGAGGUUAUUGGUGUUACCCCCGUCAAGAGGAACUUCAACAUUGGAUUUGCUAUGAUGGAGGGGGAAACCAUAGAUUCUUAUGUUUGGCUUUUGAGAGAGUUACAAAACAUGCUUGGAGAUCGCAUACCGAAUGCAAUUCUAACUGACAAGGAGGGAGGAUUGGUUGCCGCUAUCCCUCAGGUCUUCAUGAAAUCGGCUCACUUGUUGUGUAUAUGGCACAUAAAGGGGAACAUUGAAGCUAAGAUGAUGGAUUUGGGGAUACCAUAAGAAGUUGCUCGAGCAGUGGUACAUGGUUCUUGGAAGAAGGUGAUGGAAGCCACCACGCCACAUGCUAUGAUUGAGGAAUGGGAAAAUUUCAAAAAUGGAUUUUGGGGGGAGGAAUAGUAAGUUGAUAGAAUACUUGGAUCGUGAGUGCUUGGAGCAUAAAGAGAAGUUGGCUUGUGCUUACACUAACAAUAUUUUUCAUAUUGGUAACACAAGUACGAAUAGGGUUGAAUCGGCUCACUCGACUCUUAAGUCUUAAAGCUUGGCUAAACACUUCGACUGAGGGAGUUGAUACAUUAUUUUUAUCAUGGCAUGCUAGCAUUGGGGGGCAAGUGAUCGAAAUUAGGAAAGAGCUAGAGACAUGUCGAACAAAGACAUUCAAAGGAGCCUAUAGACCACCCUACGACGUUAUAAGGGGAAGUGUAAGCCUAUAUGCGCUUGAGUUGAUGUUUGUAGAGGGAAAGAAGACUCCGUCGGAAUGUGACUGUGUGAUUGGGAGGACACAUGGGCUCCCAUGCAGUUGUCGAAUCAACUCCUUUAAAGGAGCGGGAGACCAUUUUCAGAUAACACACUUGGCACCAUUAUGGUCUACUUUGGACUAUGCAAACCCUCAUGAUGCAAGACGGUUCGAAGACAAUGACGCCAAUGAUCUUCAGAUUUUUCAUGAUCUAGUGGCUGAGGUGUGUAGACGUGGUCCAUUUGGACAAACCUUUUUACCUAUGAUAGCCAAGCCAGGGGUAGCUCGCCCUAGCAAUGAGUUGGUGUUGUGUAACACCGGCAACCAUUGGGUGCGCCUUGACUUUGAGGAGGAUUCAAUACAAAUGCCUCCAUUCACCUUCCUAUGGACCCAUUUCCGUGACAAAAUGAGUACUCAAGGGUGGGAGCAGUUGUUCAAGGACGAGCGAGAUCUUUACUUCGCACUUGGGGGUCAUCAUGACUAGUAGGAGAUAUUUGUAGUAGUAUUGGUAUAUAACGACAAUAGUUGUAAAUAAGGAGUAUUUUAUAAC